ACCAAAACCCUCUUUGGAUUCUGCUUCUCUCUCUCUCCCUCUCUCUCUCUCUCUCCGCUCGCUGCUGGGCUGUAGCACACUCAUUGCCUUUUUGUCUUCCUGUUUCCACUCUGUCUCUAAAAUACUGUUUCUUCUCUUCAUCUUGUUUUCUUUUGGUUAUAUGCUUUCGAGAUUUCUCUGGGCUUCUGAAACACCUGCUGGGUUUUACUGCCUCUUGAGGUCUGGAAAAAUGGGAUCUUUGUUGUGGUGACUUUAGAUUUUUGCUCUGGCUUGUGGUCUGUUGGAAUUUGGAGAUCAACUUAAAGCUGGCUGUCGAUCGAAUGUUGUUGUGCUCCAUAAUUUAUCUAGCUUAUUUCCUCGAGUCACCCAAUAGAAGAGAAUUCUUGGGUGGACUGAUUGGUUUCCAUGUUUGUGCCACUUGAACUGAAGUAGCUGCUGGAUCAAUUCUUAAGAUUCAUCGGUCAGGAAGAUCAUCCUAUUCUCAUGAGGAUAACGCUGUCAGUUGGUGAACUGGGAGUUGAGGUUGCAAGCAUCUUUGAAGUAUUUACUGUGAAGUUGUUAAGCCAGAUGCUGCCGAGAAAAUGGGAGAAAAUUAUAUUUUUACUUAUCUUUAUCUUCUCAAGUGCUUCAGGUGCAUUUAUUGGGAUUAAUAUUGGUACUCAGAUGUCCAGCUUGCCAUCAGCAGCAGAAAUUGUGUCAAUUCUGAAAACUCAGCGGAUCAAACAUGUACGUUUAUUUGAUGCUGACCACCAAAUGCUGAAUGCCCUGGCAAACACCGGGAUAGAGGUUCUAGUGGGGGUUCCCAAUGAUCAGCUACUACGGAUAGGAGAGUCUCAAUCCGAAGCAGCUGCGUGGAUCAACAAAAAUAUUGCUGCUUUUGUUCCUGCAACUAAUAUCACUUAUAUUGCUGUUGGCAAUGAGGUGUUGACAACCAUCCCAAAUGCAGCCCUUGUUCUCAUUCCAGCUAUGCAAUUCCUUCAUUCUGCUCUUCUAGCCGCAAAUCUUAACUUUCAGGUUAAAGUUUCAAGUCCACAGUCCAUGGACAUGAUCCCCAAACAUUUUCCUCCAUCAACAGCAUCCUUCAACUCAUCAUGGAACUCCAUAAUGAAUCAGUAUCUUCAGUUCUUGAAGAACACAGGAUCAUCUUUCAUGCUAAAUGCACAGCCCUAUUAUGUUUACACCAAGGGACAAGGUAUUUUUCCCCUGGAGUAUGCCCUGUUCCAACCUCUAAAACCAAACAAUCAGAUUGUGGACCCCAAUACAAAUUUCCACUACACAAGCAUGUUUGAUGCAAUGAUCGAUGCUGCUUAUUACUCGAUGCGAUCACUCAAUUUUUCUGGCAUUCCUGUGAUUGUGACAGAGUCUGGUUGGCCAUCACUAGGUGGAGCCAAUGAAUCAGAUGCUAGUAUUGACAAUGCAUUGACCUACAACAGCAAUCUUAUACAUCAUGUGCUGAAUGGUUCUGGUACACCAAGUCAACCGACGAUAUCAGUUAGCACAUAUGUCCUUGAGUUGUUCAAUGAGGAUCUUCGACCUGGACCUGUUUCUGAGAAAAACUGGGGGAUAUAUGUUCCAAAUGGGACUGCACUGUAUUCUUUGACUUUUGGACGUAUUGCUGAGUCGAAUGCUGAUUCAACAGGUUUGGUCGGAGUUUUCUGUGUGGCAAAUUCUAGUGUGGACUCCAAUGCACUGAAGAAAGGUUUAGAUUGGGCUUGCGGACCUGGUUCAGCUAACUGCACUGCUAUCCAGCCAGGACAAGCAUGCUAUGAAGCUGACAAUCUUGUAGCCCUCACCUCCUAUGCAUUCAAUGAUUACUAUCACCGAACUCAAGCAACUGGUGGUACCUGCAACUUUGGUAAUACAGCCAUGAUUACCACUACUGAUCCCAGCCAUGGUUCAUGCAUCUUUUCUGGAAGCUCAGGGUCGAGCACCAGCACAACCGGCAGCACCACAAUCGGUUCAGCCUUUGGACCAGUAGGCGCUCUCAGUGAGGCUUCAAAUCUGCAAGUUAUCUCAUUUGCAUUUAUCAUCGCUUCUAUGUUGCUUCUUCUAUUUUGACAUGUAAAAAUACAUAUGAUCAUCAGUUCAGUGUGGUAAAGAAAGUGAAGGAUUGCGAUAGCCAGCUGAGGGUGAGCUGUUGAGUCCAAUUGCAUGUCCUAAACCAAACUGUUCAUCCUAUCUGUUUAAAUUUGAGGCAUGGUAUACUUUUUUUCGCUGCGUCUAA